AAGCAUGAAAUACCUUCGGUAUUCAAUAAAUUUUUAUCAGCAAGUCAUCGAGCUCAUAGUCGAGCUAGUCGUGUAGCUAGCUAGCUCUGAACUGCUCCAGUUUGGAAACGUUAACGGUUUCUACUGCUAAAGCCUCUUCAAUGAAGAUUUCAUAAGAGAAACAUCCUUUCAGUACAACAGCCAAAGCAGCACAUUAACUUCUUUAACUAUGAAUGAAGAAAUAAACGAAUUUGUCGAAAGCUUGAAGGAAGCUUACAGAUACAACCGCUUGAGAGACCAAGAACGAUGGCCACCAGUUAGAGGAGAAAGACUGAUCAAUUUACAAUUAGUCGAGGCUAAUAAGAUAGAGGGAUUCGGCGGCAAGACAAAAAAUUCUAGACACAAUAACAAGCAACCUGAAGAUGACAAAGACAAGCAACAUGAAAAUGACAAAGACAAACGCAAAUCAAUACUCCAUACUGACCUGUUCAAGAUUGAUAGUGGCAAGAAGCCAGUAAGGAAGAUUAUUGUAGAAGGCAAUGCUGGGAUUGGUAAAAGUACACUGUGUGCCAUGCUUGCCGAAGGGUGGGCUGAGGGAGAGAUCCUGACACAAUUUGAUAUCAUCAUCAUACUUCCACUUCGAGAACCAUCGGUGCAAUCGGCCAACUCUCUUUCAGACCUACUUCAGCUGUUUAACGUCUCUGAACCUGCUAUUAUUAACUACGUCGAGAAGAAGAUCAGAAAAGGGCUUCUCAUCAUAGCUGAUGGCUGGGAUGAACUCAGUGAAGACAAAAGAUCAGAGAAUUCAUUUCUUCACAAAUUCCUUUUUGGCCUAUUUACUUGUGUUGUACUCACAUCCCGACCUUCUGCUUCAACUCCUAUUCGUAGGCUUAUGGAUCGUUUUGUCGAGGUGGUGGGUUUUGACGAAAAAAAUAUCAGACAGUACAUUAAGGCUGAUUUCGAGCAAGAUCCGGAGAAAGCUUCUUCUCUUAUUGAGCAGCUUGAAAACAAUCCACUCAUUCAGAGUGUUUGCUCUGUACCAUUAAGUUGUGCUAUUGUCUGUGACGUGUGGCACAAAGAUCAAACCCUCCCAAGCACAAUCACAGAAUUGUACUUCAGAAUAACGCGGUAUGUCAUGCUACGUGACCUAAACAAAAAAUUCCCACAAUACGAUGUGAUGGCACUCGAGAGUUUUGAUUCCAUUCCUGAAAAGCUUCAGAGAGAGUUUUGGCUGGUUUGCAGGUUCGCUUAUGAGUUUCUGUCCAAUGAUCAAAUAGUCUUCUCAGAUAGUGAAAUCAGUAAAAUUGCAUCAUUUUCACAAGACACCAAGUUUAGUGAAAAAAAAUCAUUUUUCUUUGGUCUAUUACAAACUGCACAUUCGAUUCUGCCUGGGCAAAGCUCAGUAGGUUAUGGGUUAUCUUUUCACUUUGCUCACCUGACCAUCCAGGAGUUCUUGGCUGCUGUUCAUAUUGUCACUCUAUCUCAUGAAAAGAAGCAAAAGAUUUGCGAUAGUUAUGCUGGAAACGAUCGGUUUAAUGUAGUCUGGAGAUUUGUGCUUGGUCUUGAGGGAGAAAAAAAGUACAGUGGCCAUUUUGUCUCGUUAGGUGAUGUGUUGGUUGAUCAGAUACUAUUUGCAUUAAGGGAUGAAGAUAUGUUACUGUGCCACUGCUCAUUGGAAUCCACGGCUGAUGUUGUACACUGUAAAGUAGUCAACAGGAUUUGUGUCAAGUUUAGUGACGAUCUUUAUAGAUCAAUCAAUACCCCCCUAACUGCUCAUGACUGUGUAGCUCUUUUGCACAUUUUUGAAUCUAUAUCACAUAAUUGUUCUGAGGUCAAGCUCAAUUUUUCAGGGAGUCUUAAUGAAAAACAACUUCAGAAACUAGCUACUAUCCUUAUUGAUAAAAAGUUGCAAGUAAAAGAAUUAAGUCUCGAUAACUGUCAGCUUACAAAUGAAUGUCUCAUGACCUUCUUUAAAAAAGCAUCAGCUUCAUUUCGACAUAUUAAUGAAGUGUCUCUAGAUGGGAACCUUGUCACAGAUUUACCAUUUUCACCCAGCAAUAACACAGUAACAUGGCUUUCUUUAUCUAAAAAUCCACUUUGGGAAUGUGGCGUCCAGUCACUAGAGAGAGCUGUAUGCGCAGGCUCACUAGUAAAACUUGAGUAUCUGUUGCUAUCUGGUGCACUUACAAACAGCACAGACAUUGUUGAUGUCACAGUGUUAGCCACACUUCUUCCAGCAUUAGCUACACACUGCCCUAAUCUGAAUUACCUUGAUCUCUCUAAGAAUAAUAUCGGUGUGCCAGGAGCUGGUGCAAUAGGAGAGGCACUUGUAAAACUUGCUAUCAAUAGGAAGGAGUUAGAUCUGAACCUAAGUGAGACCAAUCUCGACAGUGUGGCAGCGACAGCAUUUUCUGACAAAGUGUUGGCUAUGUUAGUGGAUGUUUCAAACCCACUCUCCUGUGGAAUUUAUUUGCGUGUUAAUAAGAAUCCACUUGGACACAGCGGCUUGUUAGCUAUCUUUAGAAUGCUCUCUAACAAAAACUGUCCAGUAAUGAGACUUGUUCUAGACCACACUCACGCAGUUAAUCAAGGCCAAUUAACGACAUCCUCUUUUGAAACCCUAACAUUUCCUGGUCAAUGUAGCAAAUUAAAUGAUAUAUAUCUUCAAAACAACAAACCAAGCGGGGACACUCACAUAGCAUGCUUGACUAUGGCUUUAAAAGCCAAUAUUUUUGGUAAUCUUGAAUGGUUGCAACUAUCAGAAACUCUCCCUGAUAAUGCUGAGAAGAACGCUGGAAUACUGACUGACCUCUUAACAUCCAUUGCCACUCAUUGCCCUAAUCUGAAUAACCUUGAUCUCUCUAAGAAUAAUAUCGGUGUGCCAGGAGCUGGUGCAAUAGGAGAGGCACUUGUAAAAUUUGCUACCAAUAGGAAGGAGUUAAAACUGAACCUAAGUGAGACUAACCUCGACAGUGUGGCAGCGACAGCAUUUUCCGACAAUGUGUUGGCUAUAUUAGUGGAUGUUUCAAACCCACUCUCCUGUGAAAUUGAUUUGCAUGUUGAUACAAAUCCACUUGGACACAGCGGCUUGUUAGCCAUCUUUAGAAUGCUCUCUAACAAAAACUGUCCAGUAACGAGACUUCAUCUGGACCACACUCAUGCAGUUAAUCAGGGCCAAUUAACGGCAUCCUCUUUUAAAACCCUAACAUUUCCUGGUCAAUGUAGCAAAUUAAAAAGCGUAUCUCUUCAAAACAACAAACCAAGUGGGAACACUCACGUAGCAUGCUUGACUAUGGCUUUAAAAGCCAAUAUUUUUGGUAAUCUUGAGAGGUUGCAACUAUCAGAAACUCUCCCUGAUAAUGCUGAGAAGAACGCUGGAAUACUGACUGACCUCUUAACAUCCAUUGCCACUCAUUGCCCUAAUCUGAAUGACCUUGAUCUCUCUAAGAAUAAUAUUGGUGUGCCAGGAGCUGGUGCAAUAGGAGAGGCACUUGUAAAAUUUGCUACCAAUAGGAAGGAGUUAAAACUGAACCUAAGUGAGACUAACCUCGACAGUGUGGCAGCGACAGCAUUUUCCGACAAUGUGUUGGCUAUAUUAGUGGAUGUUUCAAACCCAAUCUCCUGUGAAAUUGAUUUGCAUGUUGAUACAAAUCCACUUGGACACAGUGGCUUGUUAGCCAUCUUUAGAAUGCUCUCUAACAAAAACUGUCCAGUAACGAGACUUCAUCUGGACCACACUCAUGCAGUUAAUCAGGGCCAAUUAAUGGCAUCCUCUUUUAAAACCCUAACAUUUCCUGGUCAAUGUAGCAAAUUAAAAAGCGUAUCUCUUCAAAACAACAAACCAAGUGGGGACACUCACGUAGCAUGCUUGACUAUGGCUUUAAAAGCCAAUAUUUUUGGUAAUCUUCAGAGGUUGCAACUAUCAGACACUCUCCCUGAUAAUUCUGAGAAGAACGCUGGAAUACUGACUGACCUCUUAACAUCCAUUGCCACUCAUUGCCCUAAUCUGAAUGACCUUGAUCUCUCUAAGAAUAAUAUCGGUGUGCCAGGAGCUGGUGCAAUAGGAGAGGCACUUGUAAAAUUUGCUACCAAUAGGAAGGAGUUAAAACUGAACCUAAGUGAGACUAACCUCGACAGUGUGGCAGCGACAGCAUUUUCCGACAAAGUGUUGGCUAUGUUAGUGGAUGUUUCAAACCCACUCUCCUGUGGAAUUUAUUUGCGUGCACGUGUUGAUAAGAAUCCACUUGGACACAGCGGCUUGUUAGCCAUCUUUAGAAUGCUCUCUAACAAAAACUGUCCAGUAACGAGACUUUGUCUGGACCACACUCAUGCAGUUAAUCAGGGCCAAUUAACGGCAUCCUCUUUUAAAACCCUAACAUUUCCUGGUCAAUGUAGCAAAUUAAAAAGCGUAUCUCUUCAAAACAACAAGCCAAGUGGGGACACUCACGUAGCAUGCUUGACUAUGGCUUUAAAAGCCAAUAUUUUUGGUUAUCUUGAGAGGUUGCAACUAUCAGAAACUCUCCCUGAUAAUGCUGAGAAGAACGCUGGAAUACUGACUGACCUCUUAACAUCCAUUGCCACUCAUUGCCCUAAUCUGAAUGACCUUGAUCUCUCUAAGAAUAAUAUCGGUGUGCCAGGAGCUGGUGCAAUAGGAGAGGCACUUGUAAAAUUUGCUACCAAUAGGAAGAAGUUAAAACUGAACCUAAGUGAGACUAACCUCGACAGUGUGGCAGCGACAGCAUUUUCCAACAAUGUGUUGGCUAUAUUAGUGGAUGUUUCAAACCCACUCUCCUGUGAAAUUGAUUUGCAUGUUGAUACAAAUCCACUUGGACACAGUGGCUUGUUAGCCAUCUUUAGAAUGCUCUCUAACAAAAACUGUCCAGUAACGAGACUUCAUCUGGACCACACUCACGCAGUUAAUCAGUGCCAAUUAACGGCAUCCUCUUUUAAAACCCUAACAUUUCCUGGUCAAUGUAGCAAAUUAAAAAGCAUAUCUCUUCAAAACAACAAACCAAGCGGGGACACUCACGUAGCAUGCUUGACUAUGGCUAUUAAAGCCAAUAUUUUUGGUAAUCUUGAGAGGUUGCAGCUAUCAGAAACUCUCCCUGAUAAUGCUGAGGAGAACGCUGGACUACUGACUGACCUCUUAACAUCCAUUGCCACUCACUGCCCUAAUCUGAAUGACCUUGAUCUCUCUGAGAAUAAUAUCGGUGUGCCAGGAGCUGGUGCAAUAGGAAAGGCACUUGUAAAACUUGCUAUCAAUAGGAAGGAGUUAGAACUGAACCUAAGUGAGACCAAUCUCAACAGUGUGGCAGCGACAGCAUUUUCCGACAAUGUGUUGGCUAUACUAGCUGAUGUUUCAAACCAACUCUCUUGUGAAAUUGUUUUGCAUGUUGAUAAGAAUCCACUCAGACACAGCGGCUUGUUAGCCAUCUUUAGAAUGCUCUCAAAUAAGAACUGUCCAGUAACAAGUCUUGAUCUGAAAUCGAUCAUUCACACUUCCAUUACUCAUCUCGCUCCAUUUUCGAACAACCCUCUUUUCACUUCUCUUAACAGCACUAUAACAUGUCUCUGCCUUAGUGGAAAUUUGUUUCAUGGUGAGAACAUUUUGAUACUAGCCGAAUAUAUUCAGUGCUGUGUUUUACUGGAGAGACUUGAUUGUGUUGAGUGUCAGCUUACUUCAAACGAUAUACUUAUAUUAUUGUUGCAUCUAAAAUCUCAAGAUAUUCAACGAACCUGUUUGAAACGUUGGAAUCUUAUAGGAAACAGGAUUGAUGAUCACAUAGUUGAAACCCUUACUACACACUUGCCCUCAGUAUUCCCUUGCAUAGAAAACAUUGAUCUAGCAACACCACCAGCAUUCUUUCACUUCUUUUACAUCAAUAAUCCUGUGAGUCAACAGGCAGUGGAAACUUUACAACAGUUUCUAAAGGAGAGAAAGAUGUGUCAAGACAUAACAUUCAGCCAAGGUCCCAAUAAAGAAACAGUGGCUCAAACUACAUCAUCACUAUCGGAUGUUGUGCACCCAUUGCCAGAGGCUACCUCCAGUGAUGACGUGCACUCAAACCCUGCAUGUGUUCCUCAAGAAAUGGAUGAGCCAGAGAGUACUCCAAUUACUGCUAGUUGUAAUCAACUGAGAGUUUCUGAAACCUCUCCAGUAAGAAGUAGCCACAAAGAAAUGCCGAACGCAACUGAAAUUUUCCCGGAAUCUGAGCGUUCAUGUUUGACUAUUGAAACAAAAAGAGAAAUAAAAAUCACUGAAUUUAAUUCAAGAGUAGAAGAAACUGACCUCCCCAAAUUAGUGUCCUAUUGUGACAACACCCAUGACAGUUCUCUUGAUAAGCUGGCCAACCUCUCACCAUCUGGACAGCAAAGUGACGACAUGAGGGAUCUUGCAUUGGUGUAUAGCACUCAGGCUGUUGUUCAUGAUGUCAUAAAUGCUCCAGAGGGUUCUCACAAAAUAUGCAAGCAAAAAGAAUUGAUCCUUGGUAACGAAUCAUUUCCACGGAAAGUCUCGAGUUUGACUGUUGAAACACUAAAGAGAGAAACUAAAGUCACUGACGAGCAGCUGGACACAAGAGUAGAAGAAAUAGAUCUUCCCAAAUUAUCGUCAUAUUUCGAUAACAUCCAUGACGGUUAUCUUGAGGAGCUGUGCCUGUCAUCUGGACAGCAAACUGACGUAAGGAGUCAUGCAUUUGUACACGGCACUCAGGCUGGAAUGUUGCUGGCUUUGAAAUACUGGCUGGAUAGAGCUCUUGCAGAGGGCACCUUUAGAGCCUUACUACUCAUCUUACUCUCCCUGGACAAAGGAGAUGUUGCUAUCAAGGUGGCCGAGUACUUAUCAGUCAAAGAAACACUUCAUCUACAACAUGACACUAAAAAAUCUUCAGCUCGGCCUCUUAUUUCAGGAGAAAGUGAAAACAAGAUACAGACUGACCCAACUUUAUUGAUCGUGAGAAAAAGUGACUCAUCCACACAAAGAGAUGCCCAAGAUUUGAGUCUGCACACCUUGCAAGCAGAGCUGAGGGACCUCAUUGAUCCCAAACAGCUUGGGAUACAACUCAAUGUACCAGCUGAAAUCUUAUUAAGAGUCCACCAUCUCGAUAUUGAAGGUCAGAAGAAUGCCCUGUUCCAGUACAUUGCCAACAACCACAAGAGCAGAGCGAUAACUUGGAGCAAAAUUACCGAUGCUCUGCACAGCAUGCAUUAUGGGGACCUCUCACAAUACAUUGGGGAGAAAUACUGCACACACAUGCACACGGUAGAUGUGAAUUUGAGUACGAGUCAUUAGAGUGCAAAGAUUUAUUCAUUACAAUGUUUACGAUGUCAUUAUUUACUUGUUUAUUGUUUAGAGUGUUUUGUAAUGUUCAUAGGGUGCUCAAUACAGUACCUAUAAUUAUAUAUAGCUACUUAGGUCAUUAUUAAUUUUUACUUGUGUCGUGUAAUUAUUAUAGAUAAACAACGUACUAGUGUAUACGUGUUAUCAUUGCAAUCCUUAGCCUUUAUACUUAUGCUGCUGUAGUUUUUUAAUCAUGCAUUGGAACACUACAUGUAA